CUCCCACAUCUUUUCUCAUCUUCCAAAAAUGAAACCUAAGCUAACUCUUCACCCUUCUUUCAUCUUCGUUCUGUUGCUCAUCUCAACCAUUGCUCCGACCUAUCUCUGUGACGAUGAUGCUCAGUACACCAACUGUAGUAACGCUUUUACAUGCGGAGAUACCAAGCUGGAUCUCAGGUACCCCUUCUCGGGAAAAAACAGAGGUAGUUAUUGCGGCGAAGAGAAGCUCACGUGUGAAGAAGGAGUCCCAAAGAUAACCAUCAACGAUGCCAAGUACCGUAUUCUUGAUUGGCGUAAUACAACACAGACAAUAACAAUGGCCAGGGAUGAUUAUUGGGAUAAUAUAUGUGUGAGUGAGUACAAGAACAGCACCUUUGAUAACACUCACUUUCAAUAUGAUCACCAAUAUAAUUAUCUUGGUAACGUCACGCUCUUUUAUUGCCCUUCCGAUUCACAUCCUUCUGUACUCACGGAAUUUGAUAGACAAAAUUGUGGUGCUGAUAAAUUUGUCUUCUACACUCCCCUACCUGUACCUCCGUACUCGGGGAAUUGUGCGGUUGUGGUGAUUCCGAUAUUUGAAUCCAACGCUUCACUUGUGUCUGAAAGCAAUAUAAGCGAUGCGUUACGGAAUGGUUUUGAGUUGAAUUGGGAGGGAGAUAACGGGAAGUGUGAGAAAUGCAGUAAUUCUGGUGGAGAGUGUGGAGUUGAUGAAGGAGAUGGAGGAUUUCAAUGUUUCUGCGUGGAUGGACCCCGUUCUGCUACAUGCAAAGGAAAAAGAAAAGUAUCAUUGCGAAUAUGGAUAUUGAUUAUUGUACCUACAACUGUUUUUAUAACAUUCAUCUUUUUGUGCUACUAUCUGAUCAAGAGAAAACCAAAAAAGAGUAGUAAGAGUCUGAAAAAGAGCAAUAAGAGUCUCCUAAGAGAAAAUUUUGGUAAAGAAAGUCUCACUUUAGAGCCCCUACAAUUCAACUUGGCUACACUUAAAGCAGCAACCAACAAUUUUUCAGAUGACAAUAGGAUUGGCAAAGGAGGAUUUGGAGAAGUUUAUAAGGGAAUUCUUUUUGAUGGACAACACGUAGCAGUAAAAAGGCUCUCAAAAAAUUCUACCCAAGGUGCAAAGGAGUUUAAAAAUGAAGUUUCAGUUAUAGCUAAACUUCAACAUAGAAACCUUGUGACAUUGGUUGGUUUCUGUCUUGAAGAGCAAACUAAAAUUCUUAUAUAUGAAUAUGUACCAAAUAAGAGUCUUGACUAUUUUUUAUUUGAUUCUCAACUAUCAAAAUUGUUAAGUUGGACAAAACGUUAUGAUAUUAUCAUAGGGAUUGCUCGAGGGAUUUUUUAUUUACAUGAACUUUCUCGACUCAAAGUUAUACAUCGUGAUCUCAAACCAAGUAAUGUUUUAUUAGAUGAAAAUAUGAUUCCAAAAAUUUCAGAUUUUGGUCUAGCUAGAAUCGUUGAAAUAAAUCAAGAUCAAGUCAGUACAAAUAAAAUUGUUGGGACAUUUGGAUAUAUGCCUCCAGAAUAUGUAAUGUUUGGACAAUUUUCAGAAAAAUUAGAUGUUUUUAGUUUUGGAGUCAUGGUUCUAGAAAUUAUUACUGGAAAAAAGAAUAUGAGUUCUCACAAACCACAUGUUCCUGAAGGUCUCUUAAGUUAUGUAUGGAGACAAUGGAGGGACCAAACGUGGUUAGACAUAUUAGAUCCAAAUAUCAAAGAAAAUUAUUCAGAAUUUGAGGUUACUAAGUGUAUUCAAAUUGGUUUAUUAUGCGUACAACAAAAUCCUGAUGUCAGACCUACAAUGACAAAUGUUCUAUCAUACAUUAGUAGUUAUUUCAAUGAACUACCAAGUUCACAAGAACCAGCAUUUUUCUUGAAUGAAAGGACGAAUCCAACAGUAUUUGCUCAGAAAUCAAAUAUUAAUCAACCUAUCAACAACUAUAUUUCAUUCUCUACUAAUAAAAUGUCUGUAAGUGAAUUUUUACCUCGAUAGUAAUUUAUUUUUGGUAUUUUUGUUUAGAAGUGAUCAA